ACCCUUUUUCCUAUUUCUGCGUGAGUACUAAAUUCCAAAGAAAAAAUAAAUCACAUUUUUGAUGAAAUAAUUGGUAAUAAGAAGAUCUGAGAAAAAAAAGAAAAGAAAAAUGGUGGGAACAGCUAACGGUAGCAGAACACCAGCAACACCACGGCAAGCUUUCUCAGUAGUGAAUGGAGGUGGCGGUCAAGAUCUGGGUUUAAGGUCCGGACCCGGUAGCAUAGCCGGGUCGGAUUGUGGUGGCGGUGGAAUGAUGGAGUUCACUAGAGAAGAUGUUGAUGCAUUGUUGAAUAUGAAGAUCAAAACUAAAGAUAAAUUUAAUCUCAAGGAAAAAUGUGAGAUAAUGAUGGAAUACAUAAAAAAGCUAAGGAUGUGUGUAAGAUGGUAUCAAGAAUUUGAAGGGGAUCUAUCUAUAGAGCACGAUAAGCUUAAAAAGCUAUUUGAAGCAGCUGAAAAGAAAUCCAAUGAAAUGGAAAUGCUAAUGAAUGCAAAAGAAGAAGAACUGAACUCUAUAAUCGAUGAUUUACGAAAGAGUAACUCUGAUUUACAAGAGAAGCUUACCAAAGAAGAAGCCGAAAAAUUGGCUGCAAUUGAUACAUUAAUGACUGAGAAAGAUGCUAGAAUGACAGCAGAAAGGUCACAAGCUUCACUCACUGAGGACCUUGAGAAAGCUCUUAGAGAAAGUACAAGUGCGAAUCAAAAGAUAGUAUCACUCAAUGAUAUGUACAAGAGGCUGCAAGAAUAUAACUCAAGCUUACAACAAUACAACAGUAAGCUACAAACAGAGCUUAAUCAAACAAGCGAGACCCUUGGCAAAGUGGAACGAGAAAAGGCUGCUAUAAUGGAGAAGUUAAGCAAGUUAAGAGGCUACCAUGAUUCUCAGCAAGAUCAAUUGGCUUCUACAAAAGCGAGUUUAGAAGAGUCAAUGAAGCUAAAAGAUGCUUUAGCUAGCGAAGUUGGAUGCUUGAGAGGGGAUUUGCACCUCGUGAGAGAAGACCGUGAUCGGCAGUUGAUAUUAGUUCAAGAUUUAACAGCUGAAGUGUUGCAAUAUAAAGAAUGUACCGGAAAAUCAGCUGCUGAGCUGGGUAACCUAACAUCAAGAUCAAUAGAGCUCGAGGCAACAUGUGCUUUACAAACCGAAACAAUAAAGAAGCUACAGCAGCAGCUUGCAACUGCAGAGAAGGAAUUGGAGAUAACCCAUUUAUCAUCAAUCGAGACUACAACAGGAUAUGAAGAGCAGAAAAAAGUUAAUGCUGAUUUACAAAUUCGUUUAGCAGAGGCCGAAUCAAAAGUUAUUGAAGGAGAAGCCUUACGGAAGAAGUUGCAUAAUACAGUAUUGGAAUUAAAAGGAAACAUUCGAGUUUUCUGUAGAGUCCGUCCCCUUUUGCUAGAUGAAGGUGUUGAAAAAGAGAUAAAGACUAUUACUUUCCCUACAACAACCGAAGCUCUUGGUCGAGGCAUUGAAGUGGUACAACACGGUCAAAGCCAUCCAUUCAUGUUUGAUAAGGUCUUUAUGCCUCAAUCAUCACAAGAAGAGGUUUUCGAAGAGAUAUCACAACUUGUACAAAGUGCCCUUGAUGGUUAUAAGGUCUGCAUCUUUGCGUAUGGUCAAACAGGAUCAGGAAAAACACAUACAAUGAUGGGCACACCGGGAAGCUAUGACGAUAAGGGACUAAUACCUCGUUCGUUAGAACAAAUAUUCGAGUCCCGACAAAGUCUUUUAGAGAAAGGGUGGAAGUAUGAAAUGCAGGUUUCGAUGUUGGAGAUAUACAACGAGACAAUACGUGAUUUAUUAUCAUCAAACAAAUCUUGCUCUACAGAAAAUGGAAACAAACAACAGUAUGCGAUAAAACAUGAUUCAAAUGGCAACACCCAUGUUUCGGAUUUGACCAUUUUGGAUGUUCGUAGCAGUAAAGAAGUUUCGUAUUUGUUAAACCGUGCUGCACAAAGCAGGUCUGUGGGCAAGACUCAAAUGAAUGAGCAGUCGUCCAGAAGUCACUUUGUCUUCACUUUGCGCAUAUCUGGUGUAAAUGAGAUCAUGGAUCAACAUGUACAAGGAGUUCUCAACCUUAUCGAUCUGGCUGGUAGUGAACGUCUUUCUAAGAGUGGAUCCACUGGGGACCGACUAAAAGAAACCCAGGCCAUUAAUAGGAGUUUGUCAUCAUUGAGUGAUGUAAUAUUUGCACUUGCAAAGAAAGAAGAACAUGUGCCUUUCAGGAAUUCAAAGCUCACAUAUCUUCUUCAGCCUUGCUUAGGUGGCGAUUCAAAGACAUUAAUGGUAGUUAACGUGUCUCCGGCAUCAUCAUCAGUAAAUGAGUCACUUUGCUCUCUUCGAUUCGCUGCAAGAGUGAACGCAUGUGAGAUCAGCAUCCCACGGCGUCAAACGUCAAUGAGAUAUUUGGAGCCUCGAUUGAGCUAUGGAUGAUAAGAAUUUAACACGUGAUUCGUAAUUAUUAACGUAGAAUAUUUUGUGAAACCCUGUUGUAAGUUCUAACAGUGAGUAUGCCUGUAAUGUGUAUAGCAGAAAGAAUACUACAUGGCUUGUAACAGUGAGAGAGGAUGUUAGAUUUCUACUUGUUUAUUUGAUGAAGAUGAUGAUGAGACUAAAUAGUAGUAAUAGAUACUUAUUUGGUAUAAUUCUUGAGGCAAAUAAUCUUAAAUUCAUGUGCCAA